AUGGGAAAGAUAAUAUUUUAUGAAGACAGAAACUUCCAAGGGCGCUCUCAUGAGUGCAACAGCGACUGUGCUGACCUCCACUCAUACUUCAACAGAUGCAACUCCAUCAGAGUGGAGAGCGGCUCCUUCAUAAUCUAUGAGAGGCCCAACUUCAUGGGCAACCAGUACUACCUGCGGAGAGGGGAUUACUCGGAUAACCAGCGUGUGAUUGGAAUCAGCGACUGUGUACGAUCCUGCAAGCUGAUCCCACAGCACCGAGGUUCCUACAGGAUGAGGCUUUACGAACGCCCCGACAUGGCCGGUCAGAUGCACGAACUGGUGGACGACUGCCCAAACAUCCAGGACCACCUCAACACGUCUGACUUCAACUCCUGUAACGUAAUGGAUGGCCACUGGCUGCUGUACGAACAACCCAACUACAAGGGUCGUAUGUACUACCUGAAGCCAGGGGAGUACAGGAAAUACAGUGACUGGGGAGGAACCAGCCCCAAAAUCGGCUCCCUCAGAAGAAUCACGGAUUACAACUAA